AUAUGGUGUGAAAUCCUUCUAUCUUUCUCUCUCUCUCAUCUACAUACUCCGGUAAAUCUUGUUAUUCUAUAUCUUUUAGAUUUCAGAACCCCAAGCUCUAUUCAUUCAUCUCCUACUUCCAAAAAUCCCAUCUAAUUAAUUUCUUCCUCGAUCCAUGAAGCUAGUGAAACACCUCUGAUCUGAUAUCCUUCUCUUAAGUUUCUUGACCAUUUUUUUUUCUUUUUUGUAGAAAAAUAGGUUUUGAUUGACACUAUGAGAGCAGGAGGUGGCACGGUGCAGCAAGCCCUUACCACAGAGGCUGCAAAUGUUGUGAAGCAAGCUGUAGCUCUUGCUAGGCGGCGCGGCCAUGCUCAGGUGACACCCUUACAUGUUGCCAGUACCAUGCUUUCUUCAACAACGGGCGUCCUCCGGACGGCAUGCAUUCAAUCUCACUCCCAUCCCCUUCAGUGCAGAGCCUUAGAGCUUUGUUUUAACGUUGCUCUCAACCGCCUUCCGGCUUCCACCUCGAGUCCCAUGUAUGGGACUCAUUCUCAAUUUCCUUCCAUAUCCAACGCCUUGGUUGCAGCCUUCAAGCGUGCUCAGGCUCACCAGCGCCGCGGCUCCAUCGAGAACCAGCAGCAGCCCCUCCUAGCUGUCAAGAUAGAGCUUGAGCAGCUCAUUAUAUCAAUUUUAGAUGAUCCUAGCGUGAGUAGAGUCAUGAGGGAAGCUGGUUUUUCUAGUACACAAGUUAAAAGCAACGUCGAACAAGUCGUCUCUUUAGAAAUAUGUUCUCAAAAUGCUCCUUCCGCACCUAGUAGUAAGUCUAAUAAGGAGAGUAACAAUACUUUAGCACUCUCUCAAUCAAGUACUCAAGUGGAAGAUAAAGUAGUGAAGCCUCGGGGAUCGGAACCAAUUAGGAAUGAAGAUGUCAUGUAUGUCAUAGAGAAUUUGAGGAACAAAAAGAGGAGAAGUCUAGUUGUAGUAGGAGAGUGUAUUUCUAGCAUUGAGGCUGUAGUUAGGGCAGUGAUAGACAAAGUUGAUGAGGGAGAUGUUCCUGAGUCACUAAGGGAAGUAAAAUUCAUAACCCUCUCUUUCUCCUCUUUUGGGCACCUAAAUAGACUAGAGGUGGAAGCGAAACUUGAAGAGCUCAAGAGACUAGUGAGGAACUGUAUAAGCACAGGGGUGAUUCUGAAUUUGGGAGAUCUUAAAUGGGCAAUUGAGUAUAGGGCCAGUUCUAGUGAGCAAGUGAGGGGCUAUUAUUGUCCAGUUGAGCACAUGAUCAUGGAGCUUGGGAAAUUGGUUAGUAGUGUGGGGGAAAAUGGCAGGUUUUGGAUCAUGGGAUUUGCUACUUUCCAAACUUUCAUGAGAUGCAAAUCUGGCCAUCCAUCAAUGGAGUCUGUUCUGGGUCUUCAUCCUCUAACAAUCCCUGCAGACAGCCUGCGCUUGAGUCUCAUCACUGAUAGUGAUUUACAAAGUCAGUCAACUAGCAAAAGAGGCGAAAAUGGGUCGAGUUGGCUUUCUCUUGAAGGAGGAGAGGAGAAGACACAGCUCACUUGCUGUUCAGAUUGUUCUUCGAAGUUUGAAAUUGAAGUUCAAAGCUUACAAAAUAGUAAUACUAAUACUCAGUCUACCACUUCAACUCUUCCUGCAUGGCUUCAACAAUGCAAAGAUGGGAACAAAGGACUUGGCUGCAAUAAUAAGGACUCUGCUCCAGACGUCAGAGAGCUUUGCAGAAAGUGGAACUCAUUUUGCAAUUCAGUCCACAAACAACCAUUUACUUCUGAAAGAACCCCCACGUUUUCUUCUGUGUCACCAUCUUCUACUUCUUGCUUUUCAUAUGACCACCAAUACCCCACUGCGCAUCACAACCACCGUGAAUGGCCACCAAUGGUUGAACCCAGACAACACCCUUGGAAUGCUGAAACCAGUUUAAGAUUGUGUAUCCCGGAAAGCAAGGAUGAUCAUAAACAACCAUUAUCAUCCUCCCCCAACUCAGCUUCUUCCAUCGAUUUCAUGGAGAUGGAGAGCAUCCGGAGGUUCAAAGAGUUUAAUACUGAAAACCUGACAAUCCUAUGCAGUGCCUUGGAGAAGAAGGUGCCGUGGCAGAAAGACAUAAUCCAUGAGAUUGCGAACACUGUCUUGAAAUGCAGGUCUGGAAUGGUGAAAUGGAAAAUGAACGCAAGGCAUGGGGAAUCAAAAGAAGAAACCUGGUUGUUCUUCCAAGGAGUGGAUGUUCAAGCCAAAGAAAAGAUAGCUAAAGAGCUAGCCAGGCUUGUUUUCGGUUCCCCAGAGAAUUUAAUUAAAAUUGCUCUGAGCAGUUUCUCCUCUACUCGAGCCGACUCCACUGAAGAUCACAACCGGAACAAAAGAUUAAGAGACGAACAUCAAUGCAGUUAUAUUGAAAGGUUUGCUGAAGCAGUGUCGUCUAACCCACAUAGAGUAUUCUUCAUGGAGGAUGUUGAGCAAGCGGAUUAUUGCUCUCAACUGGGGUUCAAGAGAGCAAUGGAAAGAGGAAGGAUUGUCAGUGGAAAUGGAGAGGAAAUCAGUCUUGGUGAUGCCAUCGUUAUCUUGAGCUGCGAGAGCUUCAGCUCGAGAUCGAGAGCCUGCUCUCCUCUCACCAAGCAAAAAUUGGAAGGGAUUGGGGAAGAAAGGGGUAGUUCAUUGGGGGAUACAAGUCCUUGUGUGACACUAGAUUUGAAUAUUUCUAUUGACGAGGAUGGCCUUGAGGACCAAUCAAUUGAUGAUAUUGGGCUUCUUGAAUCUGUUGAUGGGGGAAUUGUUUUCAAAACUCAGGAUUUGUAGUUCAUGUCAUCAGUUUUUCCUCUUUUUUUUUUUUUUUUUUUGAAACUAUCUUUUGUUUCCAUUUGUAUCUUUAGAUUCUUAGAUACUCCUUGGAGCUGGAAAAUAGG